AUGUGGCUGUGUGUGCUACUCACUGCCUGCAUUCCUCUGAUCAGUGUCGCUACUGUCUGGGUGCCGUUGGGAAGUGCAGUCACCCUGCCAUGCUGGCUAACCCCUCCCGUCAGUGCGGAGCCCUUGGAGGUGCGCUGGUACCAACCACAGCGCUUCCAAAGUCCGGUCCUGCUCUACAGGGAGCAGCAGAUACAGGAGGCCUUGCAGGACCCCCAGUACAAGGGCCGGGUGUCUCUGGGGUCCCUGGGCCCUGAGGCAGGGGGCCUGAAAGGGGGCGAUGUGUCUCUGAGACUGGAGAAUGUGACAAUGGCAGACGCAAGUGAAUUUGUGUGCUAUGUCAGCAGUGACCGUCAGCGUGAGCAGGGGAGUGUCCAUCUCGUUGUGACCGUGAUGGGCACCCCCCCAGUGUUAACAGUGCACCUGGUUGAUGGUGGCAUAGCGAAUGUUAGUUGUGUGUCCUCUGGCUGGCACCCUCAGCCUAACCUCGUCUGGCUAGAUAGCCAGGGUGGCUCUGGCCUCACCUCCAAUGACGUGCUCUACAGUCAUGAUGGUCAGGGCCUGGUCUCUGUCUUCAGCUGGAUCCUCACCUCUGCCUCUGCUUCUGAGUGGCUGUCCUGCACAGUGUCACUGCCUAAGGGAGAGGAGAGAGAGUGCAGGGUGGCUCUACUGACUACUUCAUCCCUGCCAAUACCAGUCUCAGAUAAUCAAUCAGGAUCUUGGAAGGCAGCCUUCAUUACAAUUCUCAUCCUACUGUUAACUGUCAUUGGUGUCAUCAUCACUCGGCUGUUCAUCAAAAAGAGAAGGAGAGGUCGCGAACAGUUCACAGUCCUCCCAAAGUCAGAGCAACAACCACUUCUACCAAAAGAGGUACAAUGUCAUAUUCCAGCAGUGGACAUCACACUGGAUCACGAUACAGCCCAUACACAUCUGCGGUUAAGUCCAGAUGGAAAGAGAGUGAGGGAUGGAUUAGAGCCAGCAAAGGAAUUAGUGAAUGGCCCUAUUGAAAGGUUCACACACCACUGUUGUGUCCUGGGGAGCGAGGGCUUCACAUCUGGGACUGCUUAUUGGGAGGAGUUUGCCGUAUUGAUGGUUCCUACAGUGCGGGUCCAUGGCAUCAGACAUACCGUGCUGCUGGCAUGA